AUGUUCAUGCUCAAAUCAGUGGACAUCAACAUGGACGAUCGCACUGCUUGGGUUGAUUCUGGCGCCACAAUUGGUGAGCUUUACUAUAAGAUUUCUCAGACAAGCAAGGUUCAUGGCUUCCCCGCCGGUGUGUGCCCCACUGUGGGCGUUGGAGGCCACUUAAGCGGCGGCGGCUAUGGCAACUUGAUGAGAAGAUUUGGCCUCUCUGUUGAUCACAUUCUUGAUGCAAUAAUUGUGGAUGCUAAUGGAACAGUCUUGGAUAGGAAAUCAAUGGGGGAAGAUCUCUUUUGGGCUAUUCGAGGAGGCGGUGGAGCUAGCUUUGGUGUUAUAGUUUCAUGGAAAAUCAAGCUUGUUCCUGUGCCAGAGGUUGUAACUGUUUUCAGAGUUGAAAAGACAUUGGAACAAGGUGCUACUGAAAUUGUUCAGCAAUGGCAGCAUGUUGCCCAUAGAAUACACCAUGGUUUGUUCAUUAGAGUGGUUCUUAGUCCAGUGAAAAGAAAUGGGAAGAAAACAAUAAGGGCUAAGUUCAAUGCAUUGUUUCUUGGAGAUUCAGAAGAGCUUCUAGGUAUAAUGAAGGAGAAUUUUCCUGAACUUGGUUUGGGAAGCUUUGCUUCAAAGGGUGCCUGA